AUGGGAGCUGAUAUAACAUAUACAUUCAGGGAAUUGAGCCGGAGUAAAAGAGAGCAGCUUCUGAAUAAGGGUACGCAAAUCAACAGCACAUCCGUGAAUGAUCACAAACCGGAUAGAUUAACAGCAGAAUGCUUGGAUAUCAAUGACAAGAUCAAAGAGCUGGCCAGUUACUUGGCAGAAAUCAGACCGUCCUAUCUGUCCAAUUCCCGGGUAUCCAGUCAUGACGAAUCUCUUACGGACAAUCAGCGAGAUGAAAUUGAUUAUGAGACGAGGUUGAUUCUCCAAAGACAAAUGGGGAGACUUCGGGCCUUGGAAGAGCUGGAGAAGAGAAGAAUAGAGAACUCACACAGUGCGUCAAGAGUUGCUAAAUUUCUUCGAGACCCAAAGAAGGAAGGGAUUGAUACGACAAUCAAGUUACAUAGGGCAGGAAUGUUUUGGUAUUUGAAUGAUUUGUUGAAGACUGUGUCGGAUACACACGCUGCACAACAGGAGAUUCGACUUUCGAGACAGUUAGCAAAAUCCAAGAGCACAUUUCAUACUCCCCAAAAUCCUUUGAAUACAUGGGACAAAAAGGAAAACUUUGAAACAAAUAUAUCGAAUGUCGCACACGAUACCCCUGAGCAUUCGAAGCCGAGUUUAGAGCUCUCGCCACAGCAAGUUCAACUCCUAGAACAGGAAAAUUCUUCACUGCUCGAGGAAUUAGAAGUAACACAUGAUAAAGUCAAACAGGCAGAGCAAUCCAUGUAUGAAAUAGCGGAACUUCAAACUUCGCUAGCAACGCAUUUAUCGUCACAGAAUACCAAAAUUCAGAGUCUAAUGGAUGAUGCAUUUAAAACAUCAUCCGAUGUCUCUGCCGCAAAUGAGCAACUAGCUUCUGCGAGAUCAAGGAACAGACGGGCUUCUAAAAUAAUUAUUUAUUCUUCAGUUUCACUAGGCCUCGUGCUGUUGUUUUACGAUGCAAUGCUGGGUUAA